AGAGGCAGAAAGAAAGAAAACGAAAGGAAAAAUUAGAAAAGGAAAACAAUGAAAUUGAUAAAAAAAUGCAAAAUCUUAAACUUAAUUCAGGUAUUAAAGAAAAUAUAUGUAAAAAAUGUGACAAUUUAUCAGUAAAAACUGCAACUGCAUCUUCAGAUAAAAGUAGGAAAGAAACUGGUAAAUGUAAUGAUGAAAGCAAAGAUGAAAUAUUCAUUGAAGAAUCAGAGGGAGAGUUGGAUAUGACUAGCUCCUUUGUAUCAAAAGCUGCAAGCAUUGCUAAACGUAAAUUGGAACUGCAAGAGUUAAAGCAUAAAACAGAGAGAAAGAAAAAUUACAUAAAUAAUACUAUUCAAGAAGUGGAAGUGAAACAGUCAAGUCAAGAGAUUAGUGGUGACAUGGGUCCAGAUGUCAUCUCCAGGAGUUUAGAACUUGGAAAUAUAGGCAAUCAGUUAGCUAAUACUGGUCGGUUUGACCUUGCUAUAAAAUAUUUUACUGAUGCUAUCAAGUUAAAUCCAAAGGAAUUUAAGUUUUUUGGUAACAGAUCAUUCUGCUAUGAAAGACUACAGCAAUAUGAUAGAGCACUGAGUGAUGCAGAAAUAUGUAUCAGCAUAUGCCCUUCAUGGACUAAAGGUUCUUUUAGAAAAGGAAGAGCGUUAAUAGGCUUAAAGAGACUUGCAGAGGCAGCAAUUGCUUUUAAAGAAGUCUUAAAACUUGAUAACACAUCUCAGGAUGCAGCAGAAGAACUUAUGAAUGUUCAAAUUUUUCAGCUUAUGGAAAUGGGAUUUUCCAGGGAACAGAGUGCCAAUGCCUUAAUAAUACAUGGCACUGUUCAGAAAGCCCUAGAAGCUUUGUCAACUUUAAGUGAUGCAGGUAUUAUGCAAAAAGACAGCUGUUUUAAAAAUGAUUGUUCUGGUGCUGCAGAGGAGCAAUGGAUUUUAGCCAAGCGCAAAACACCAGUAGUUUUAAAAUCUGCAUCUUGCAAUAUUCAGACAUCUAGUAUUUCGCUCAAAUCAGCACUAAAUCCAAAGGUGGACUCAGCCAGUUCUCCACAAGCACAGAAACCAUGCCUAGAGCUAUAUCCUGUAUGGGUUGGAAAUGUGACAAAUUGCGUAUCAGAAAUCAUACUUCGAAAGGUCUUCAGUUCUGUAGGAGAAAUUCACAGUAUUAGGAUGUUACAUAGCAGACGCUGUGCUUUCGUCAACUAUAAAGAAAGCAAGGGUGCAGAAUUAGCAAUUAAGACAUUGCAGGGUUUGGAAAUUUAUGAUGCAAAAUUACUCGUACGGCCUCCUGAUCAUUCUUAUAAAAACUUAGGAGGCGCAAAUAUAUCAACAGUAAUACCCAAGGUAUCAGAUCCAACAACCACAGUCUCAGCAUCUCAAAAAAGUGUUAGAGCAAGACCCUCUUUCCUUGAUGUCUAAUGUGUCUAUGAGAGAGAACAGCCUCCAUAAAAUCAUUCCAGAUCCCAGAGGAGGAAAAAAAUAACAUCCUUGCAGAUUCCUGUUUUUUAUGACAGCUUACUGCUUUUAUUUAAAGCUAAUCUUACCAAAAAAAAAAAAGUUAAUUUUAUGAAAAUAAUUUAACACAGUAACACAGAUCAUUGGGAUUUCAAGACACUGAAAAAUGUUUAUAAAACAUCUUCAAUUUGCCAGACAUCUCAGAGUUAUACAAAUGCCCACUUAAUAUUUUAUAAUGCACUAAUUAGUGAGUACAACAGUAGUGGAAUGCAUUUCGACAAAACAUUUGUGACAAUCUAGAAAGGCAGUGUAAAAAAUUAUACUGCAGGCCUCACCAACUAUAAAUCCAUCGUGUCACAUAGUGUAAACUGUGUAUAAAUAACUAACUGAAAUGACUUUCUGAAAAUCUUUUCAGAUAUAUUUUAAAUUUAAGGAGCAAUCACUGGCAACCUUUUUGUAAUACUUUUGAGUUUUUAAUGCAGCUUCCAUUUAGAAGUAUUCCAGAUUAUUCAGCAGAAAGUCAUUUUUACUUUACUACAUUUUUAGUUAGACCUCUAACAUUAAUUUCACUUUGUGCCAAAUAAAAGAAGAAUGGUCAGACUAAUCUACAAAUGUAAGUUUAGUGAAUUUAAUACAUGCUUUGAAAAUAAACGGAGUGAUAAGUAAUAUUUUUACAGUUUAUUUUCAAAUUAGUUUAAUUCACUGGUAAAGAUUGUAUUAUUUUUUGAGUCUUAACUGGAACAGCUAGUGUCUGUAUUUUGGUAUUAGAAAUGAAUAUGUGAUCAGUUAUACCUAAAUAUACUUGAUUGAAAACUGAAUGUUAUCACUGAAAGUUAUAUGGCUGAAUAGCCCGUGAAUAAAUGUCAUCAGUUAUACAUAAAUAUACUUGGUUGAAAAGUGAAUGUUAUCAUUGAAAGUUGUAAGGCUGAAUAGCCCAUGCACAUCUUGUUACUGUAUUUGAUCUUUUUGAUUAUUUUUUCUUCUUUAUCUUAUUUGUGUAUAUUUCCAUGCGCGCAUACAUCAAUAUAUAAAAGCAUCUACAAAAUUUGUAUUUACACUUUUUUUUUUUUUUUAACAGCUCUCACUGCAAAAUUAUGCCAGAUCAGUUUACUUUUUGGUACAGUUGAUGCUCUUACAUAUUGCACAGAUAUACUGAAAGCAAAUAUCUAAUUAUUCACAUUGAGUAUGAUUAGUAACAGUAUUUGUAGUAUACAGUGUUUCACGUUCGGAAUGCACAAUAUUCACAAUAAACAAUUACCAGUUUUUGAAAUUCCUUUUUAUAUUGAUUUUUUUAAUAAAAGUAAUUUUUUUUUUGAACAAUCAAGGUUUUUGUUUUUAACCUAGCAAAUAAUUUGCAAAAAAAAUGUGCCUUUUACUUGGUUACGGAGUAAAGCUAGAAUUGUUAGUGUGCCAACUGGAUCAAGAGAUACUUUUAUGAGUAAUGUCUGAGGACGACACCAAUUAAAGUAGACUACUGAUAUUUAAAAUUGACUAUCAAAUGUUUGGCUUAUAUAUUUUUAAUAAAAAACAGUAACAUAAAUGUCUUAAAGUAUUGGCCAACUAAAACUUAGACCUGGGCCUUUUUUCUCCCCCUUCAAAAAUAUUGGAAAGGACAAUAUGGCAGUUUUAUAAUUUAAACGGAUUUGCCCUGGUUAAAAUGAAUGUUAAUAAAUAUUGUUCUGAUGUUUAAAAUAAGAUGUUGCAGUGGUUACUUUCAUGUUUAUGCAUUUUGUAACAUCAAUAAUAAAGGGCAAAACAUUUCUUUUCAA